UCGAGGACGACGAGAACCUGGGCCAUUUAUGUCAGAAGAAGAAAAAGUUGAAAAAUCGCUUGAAUAAAGGUAGACCUGUUUCGCCUCGUUUCGAUGGUUUCGAGUGUUGCAUUAUCAUUUUUGGAAAGCGUUGCCGGCUUCGACUGUGCCUAGUAAGCUUGGUUAAGUUUACCUCGUAAUUGUAGACCGGGCCAUUUAUAUUUUUUAUAUUAGAAGAAGAUGGUUUUCGGAACACACAAUUAUGUCUCCUUGUAAAGAAUUUUGUACUUUAAGAGAAAUACACUAGAAAAACAAGAUAGUCCCAUGAAUAAUAAUAAGGAAGGAUUUAUUGCUGUACAUGUUGGUGCUGGGCAGCAUUCAGCAUCACUCAAAGAAAAAUAUCAAAAAUUAUGUCGUGAUGCAUGCAAAGUUGGAGCUCAAAGUUUAAAAUCUAGUAGUAAUGUAUUGGAUGCCGUGGUUGAAGCAGUAAUGGUAUUGGAAGAUUCUCCUAUGACAAAUGCUGGAUUUGGAUCAAAUCUCACAUUGAAUGGCACAGUAGAGUGUGACGCUAGUGUAAUGGAUGGUAGCAGUUUGCAAUAUGGUGCAGUUGGUGCAGUUAGUGGAAUAAAAAAUCCUGUCUUAUUGGCAAAGCGUUUAUGUGAACAGCAGUCCAUUAAGUUUGCAUAUGGCAGAAUUCCUCCUAGCUUUUUAGUUGGAAAUGGUGCACAUAUUUGGGCACAUGAGAUGGGCAUACAAAUUUUACCACCAGAACAGUUAAUAUCAAUGAAAGCUCAAAAGAUAUAUAAGCAUUAUAAAAGAAAAUUAGAAAGCUGUAGUGCAGAAGUCCAAAAGUGUGCAAAGAAAAGGAUGGACACAGUAGGAGCAAUAUGUGUUGAUAAUAGUGGAAAUAUCGCUGCAGCUUGCUCGAGCGGUGGUAUAAUUUUAAAAUAUCCAGGAAGAGUUGGACAGGCUGGAGUAUGGGGUUGUGGUACCUGGGCUUGCAAAGAUACUUCGUAUUCAGUAGGCACUAGUACUUCAGGUUGUGGAGAGCAUCUUGUGCGCACUUCAUUAGCACGUACAGUUGCAGAAGCUAUUUCAGACACAUCUUGUCCAACUACAAGUUUGCAUCGUGCGAUGAGCACCGAUUUCAUCGAUUCGAAAUUUCUCUAUGGACUUGAACAAAAGCUUGGAGGUGUCAUCGCUGUACGAUAUUCUCCACAAGAAGGUUUAGGCGAUUUUCUCUGGAGCCAUUCCACAAAUUCUAUGAUAAUAGGUUAUAUGAAUACAUGUGAAAGUGCAUCAAUGAGUUACAUGUCAGCUUUAUCACCACAUGAAGUAGGUAAGAAAGCUAUUGUUGAAGGAGUGUGCUUUAAAUUAACAGGAUUUGAUAAGGUCUGAGAACAAUUGUAUUAAUGAAAAGAUUUUUCACAAAAAUCAAACAGAAAGUUCAAUUUUCA